GUAUUAUCAUAGCUUACGAAUACAUUCCUCUUUUCCUCAGGCACUGUGGGCGUCGGGAUUGGUAUUUCGCAACUAGACAAAUCAGUAAAGAUGUCAUCUGAUGAGCAAGAUGCCCUGGAUGCCCUAGAAAGGGAAGCAUCCGACUUUGUUAAGGAUGCCGAAAUUGAUCGUAUUAGGAAGGCAUUCUCGCUAGAUGCAUACGCCGUUCUCGACCUCCAGCCAGGAGUUACGGAAUCCGAUAUCAAAGUCCAAUAUCGGAAAAAGUCAUUACUUAUCCAUCCUGAUAAGACAAAGAAUCCAGCUGCGCCAGACGCGUUUGAUCGCCUGAAAAAGGCUCACUCUGCACUAAUGGAGGAGAAAUCACGCACGUACCUUGAUGAAUGUAUCGCGGACGCGCGACGGUUGCUGAUUCGCGAACAUAAAUACACGUUGGACUCGCCCGAAUUAAAGACAGAAGAGUUCAAGAAGGAGUGGCGUCAGAAGACGGUGCAGGUAUUGCUAGAGGAGGAGGCGCGCCGGCGACGACAGGCCAAGGCUAAGUUGCAGGAGGAAGGACGUGAAAGGCGCAAAGAAGAGGAAGAGAUUGAAGAACGCAAACGGAAGCGGGAUCAGGAUAAGGCGUGGGAAGACACUCGUGAUGAGCGCAUCAGCAGCUGGCGGGACUGGCAGAAAGGGAAGAAGGGUGACGGAGACAAGAAAAAGAAGAAGAAAUUGAAAGUUAUAGGCUGAUUCUGAAACAUUUGGACUUUUACUUUAAACCGUCUAGUCACAACGACAAAGGUCGAAGGCAUCAUAGCAUUUGAAGAACCUUUCUUAUUAUGUCUUAAUGGAAUGAAUGCACUGUCACUCAUCUGCGUGGGAGACAGGUAAUGCUGGCGAAGAUUACACAGGCUAUGACUUCGAAAGAAA